CGAAUAUGUUUUGGACGAAACUCUGUUCGGUUGACCUUAUUGGCUCACACUCCGCCGGUGGCUGUCGGGUUCCGAAUCGUUAAUCCUCAGACGAUAUUCGGACGGACGAAACUUCUAAGCCCAACGCGCUUCAAACUCGCGUCUCAAUUCCAUGCAAUAAAAUCUGCCCAUUUCAAAAUUCCGUCUCUCAACGCAUAACGUCUUUACGCGCGUUUUAUUCACCCGGAAAAUAGAGCGUGACUCCGAGUAAUCGACGCAAAAAGUCCCAUUUCUUUAUUUAAAAUAUACAUUUCUCUGCUCCGCCGCGAAGCAAAGAACCCAAUGCUUUCCUUGGCGCUUUCGUAUACUAAGAAUCGCACCAAAAACUCCAAUUCUCCCUCUUCGUUUCUUCUCAAUUUAAACCCUAAAUCUGAACUCCGUCGAACAAUGCCAUCAAUUUCUGUUCAAUUUUUUAGCAAAGAAAGUGAAUUUUCUUCACUCUUAUUAAGAUUUCAAUGGCGCCUCCCAUAGUCGAUGCUGUGUACCUGAAGGAAAUCGAGAAGGCCCGUCGAGACCUUCGUGCUCUAAUCUUCAAGGAGAAAUGCGCUCCUAUUAUGCUCCGUCUAGCGUGGCAUGAUGCUGGUACUUAUGACGCUAAAACGAAAACCGGAGGUCCCAAUGGCUCCAUCAGGUUCAUGAAAGAAUUGAACCAUACUGCAAACAAGGGACUCAAAAUCGCAGUUGAUUUCUGCGAAACUGUGAAGGCCAGACAUCCAAAAAUCACAUAUGCAGAUCUGUACCAGCUCGCUGGAGUUGUUGCUGUGGAGAUUACUGGCGGGCCAUCCAUUGACUUUGUCCCCGGAAGAAAGGACGCAAAUGCAGCUGUAGAAGAAGGCCGCCUUCCAGAUGCUCACCAAGGUGCUUCCCAUUUAAGAGAUGUAUUUUGCAGGAUGGGACUAACUGACAAGGAUAUUGUGGCAUUAUCUGGAGGACACACAUUGGGAAGAGCUCACAAGGACAGAUCAGAUUUUGAAGGCCCAUGGACAAAGGACUUUCUGAAGUUUGAUAACUCCUACUUUGUGGAAUUGCUGAAAAAUAACUCUCGAUCUGGGGAACAACUGUUGAAGCUUCCUACAGACAAGGCCUUGGUCACAGAUUCUCAGUUUUCCCAAUAUGUGAAGGCAUACGCAAAGGAUGAAGACAUGUUUUUCGAGGAUUAUGCAGCAUCUCACAAGAAACUGUCUGAGCUUGGCUUCACUAAACCUUCCACAGUUCUCGAUGGCAGAGGCUCUGCAUGGACAAACGGAAUUGUGGUAGCUGCGAUCAUAGCAGUUGUGGGGAUACUGUGUUACAAAAGAGGCAUGUUACCUGAGGGGAAUGCCUUUUUUCCAAAUCUCUUCUGAUUAUAAUAAAGGAAAGAUAUUCUUCCAACUAUAUAUAUAUAGUUUUUUUCCAGUUCAUUUUUAAGUGAUGACAAUUGGCAAGAGAAAAGAAUGCUCAGAACAUUGAUUAUAUCCGAGUCGUGUUCGAUUCUUUCGCAUCGUUAAUAAAUUCUCGUGUGGUACCUCACAAAAAAGUACUUGGUUGAUGAAUCAUUUUCUCGGAUGAUUGAUUUAAUCAGUUUUACUUUGUUUAUUAUGGGCAUCCUUUGUGCGCAUUUGAUGAUAAAAGGUGGAAAACUAUAUUAAAAUUGUGGGAAAUUAUUUAUAUAAACUUAUGGUGCCGUUCCACCAAACAAGUC